GUAUAAAAGAUUGUCUUGGUUAUUACAAAGAACAGGACCACCCCCCCUAUUCCUCUCCUAUUAUUCCAUGCCUUUUCCUCACGCUAAAAAGUCUUAUAAACCCCACAUUUUCACUCUCUCUCUAUAUCCUCUUCUACAUUUUUUUCAUGUAUCAAUCAUAAUCAAAAUUCCAAACUCACAUUCCUCUACUCAUGGCUUUGAUUUUCUUGUUACUUAUUCACUUUGAAUAAUAGUAGUAAUCUUGUUUUGUUUAAAGUAACAAUAAUAAUUGUAGCCAAUGGAGGGAAAUAAAUUUUUCUUAGAAUUUGUGUUCAUUAUGAACUUGUUAUGCAAAGAAACUAUUAACUUUCUAUCAAUUGUUUCUUCAAAUCCUCUGUUUUCAUGCAUUGUUACCUUCUGCACCUUGAUUCUCAUCUAUUUUCCUUAUUCAUUCUGCAAAAUAGUUUUCUCACCAGUUUUGAUUCUCACUGGUGUUAUAUUGAUUUUUGUACUUCGUUUUGGUGCAAUACAGAGAUCUAAGAGUGAAGAAAAGGAAAAAUUUGGUGAAUUAGAAUCCGUUACCAAUGAAGAAAACAGAGAUGAAAAACAGGGGAAAACAGAGGAAAAUGAUUCUCUUGACCAAAUUUACAAGUGGGUCUCGAGAAAUUAUGAAGAAAAGUUGAAAUCAAAAAUGGGUUUUGAAUCAAAUUCGUUUCUUGAUGAGUCUUUUGUUGAAUGGAACGUGAAAGCACCAUUGGAUGUUAUAUAUGAAGAUGAAGAAACAGAGGAUAUUAUUUCUAAUGAGAAUUGUGUUGCUGGAAUUUUGAGACACUCUUCACUGUCACGUUAUUAUCCUGAGUCUGAUUCGGAUAGUUCUUCGGAGAAUGAGUUUCCGGCGAUGGAGAACUGGGACUCACCCGGGAAUAUGAGUUUCCGGUGGGAUGAAGAAGAUAGAGACGGGUUAAUUGAGAUAGCUCUUGAUGGUUUUAAGAGGAAGGCUUUGGGAUUUCAGUAUGAGGAAGAGAAUAUGAUUGAAAUUGAUAUUUCUCCGACGAAGCGCAGGGAGUUUUCCGGCGAGGAGGAGGUGUUUGCCGGUGAGAUUAGUUGCAACUAAUGUGAGAUUUAGGAAGGAUUGACAUAGUGUAUUACUAUCAUGUGAUUUGGUUUGGGGAUAAGUGAAAGGUUUAGAGAUUUGGAAUUUGGAACUACUUUGGGUUUGGCAGGGUUAUGUUGUUUUGAUUUAGUUUUUUGACAAGAAAAAAAAGAAACCGAUUCAAUAAAAAUGAAUUGGUUUGGUUUGAUUUUUGAAUAAAUUCAUAUUAGAUCAAUCAAAUUGUGAUUCUUAAAAAAAAUUACUUUUUCAA